UACUCUCUUCUUUUUGAGAUCAUACUAUCUAAAUUUUCUGUAUUACACCUUGACUUUUCUUUUAAUAAUGCAAAGUCAUUAUUGGAGAGACAGAGACAGAAAGAGAGAGAAGCUUCAGCACCUGGAAAAUUCAGAAUAACUGGUUUUGCUUUAUGAGCUGCCUAGCACUGCUUACCUCUAGAGCCUUUGCUCCAGGGCUUAGUGGUGAUAAUGGAUCAGAAUCCCUCUAACCCCUUAAACUCCACUCCUGCUGCACAACUAAAUUCCCAGCAAAAUGAGGCUGGUUUGGGCAAUCUUGUUGCGGCCCAAACUUGGAGCUCUCUCCCCUAGGCGGCUCCACUUGGAAACAAUGGCUGGGUUUGCAACAAUCUCUCUCUCAAGCAGAUAGACAGGAAAUUCCAAAAACGCAGCCCGAAGGAUUGAGGGUAGAUCCCUGUGAACACUACAGUAAACAUCAUACAGAACCUUCCAGGCACUAGGGGCCUUUCAGGAGGUGGGGGGUCGGUAACUCCCCAGAGAAAAUGCACUUCCCUUGAGCAGGGUAGCAGAGGGGAAGGGAGGAUUCAGGGGGUUGUUCAAGUCCAAAGACAAGGCCAACACGUCCACGAGACAGCUGUUGCCUGCUUGCCGAGCCUCGUGUGCGAGCAGCAUCUCCUUACCCCCUCCCAGUAGCCCCGCGAGGUGGGGAUGCUUGUCCCCAUUCUCCAGAGGAGGAAGCCAAGCCUCAGAGAGGCGAAGUCAUUUGCUGCCAAGAUCCCAAAGCCGAGUGGUGGCAGAGCCAGGCUGAGUCAGGCUCACCAGCUCGCCACAGGGCUGGGCUGGACUCUGCUAUUGCUCAGCCCGCCUGGGCCAUGAUCAAAGUCAAGAUUUCUCUCUCACUCCAACCUGGGGACCGACCCUGGUAGAUGCCAUGACCUCCAGCAAUCUGGUGACACACACAGGCAAACUGUUACUGACUUAUGGCCCCCCAAAACUGGUGUUCUUCCCACAGACCCGGAAACCUCGCCCGGCGCUGCCCCCUUGAGAUCCGUAGACAAGCGCCGUCCAACCAACAGAAGUUUCUUUGUAUGGUGAUGGAAAUGUUCUGUAGCUGCACUCUCAAAUGUGAUAGCCACUGGUCCCGUGGGAUAAUUGAUCACUUGAAAGUGACCAGGUCGAGAAACGAAUUUUGAAGGCAUUGAAUUUUAAUUAAGGGUCUAUUUCAGUCACCUGAGGUGACUACUGGCUACAGUAUUAGCACAACCCUAGACCCUCCAUCACCUAGACCCUGUCCCAACAGAGCUCAAAAUUCCAACUAAUCCCUCCUUCUUCUCCAGCCUCAGCCCCUCUUGCUCAGCACGCCCUCAGCCAGGAUUUUCAGUCUCCACGCCUCGCAUGUGCUGUUUACCAUGCUUGGUAAACCUCACCCCUCCCCUGCACCCCGCCAUCUGUCUCAUUGCUACUCCUACUCCAGGUCUCUGCUCAGAUGUCUCCUCCUCCAGGAAGCCCUCCCUGCCUCUCAGGCUGAGUGAGGCACCCCUUUGGGCUCUCCCAGCCUCCUGGGCUCCUCCAUCCCUGUGCUGAUUACUCUGGAUCACCAUUGCCUGGGAGUGGGUCUGCUCCUCCCAACACAGACACAGAACUGUGAGCCCGCUGUGAACUGAGGACAAAGCAAGAGCUGUCUCAGUCACCACUGUGUCUGCAGCACCACCCAGCACAGCGCUGAGCAUAGGGAGUGGGUGUGGGAAUGAAUGGAUGAAUGGAUGAAUGAAUGGAUGAAUGAAUGAAUGAAUGAAUGAAUGAAUGGUGGAUGCUUUUGAAAAACUGUGCUAAAAGCUUUAAAGUGAGCCAGCCACAGGUCAAGUCCCAUCUCCACCUACUGGCAGACUCGCCUCCUUCCUCGAGCCUCGGUUUCCUCAUCUGUGAAAUGGGUGCACUUAUGUGUGGUGGAUGUUGGAUGAGGCAGCUGUGUUGAGACUCCCUCCUGUUGUGAUCACUGCUGUUGUUCCUGACAGUCACACUGGGUGGGAAGAAGAGGUUCAAGGGGAUUAAGGGAGGAGUCCGGGGAAGCCCCAGGAAGGUCCCCAGUCACCCUGGAAAACUGGUUCAACCAGUGUCUGCGCCCAUGCCAGAGAGCACAGGUGAAGCCUCUGGAGCCUGUGGAAAGGGGGUGCUGGGGCUCAGCCAGGCUUGGCCAUGUCCGGAAGUCACCCCCAGUAUCCCCACUGAGGUGGCCCACUUCAGACAGCCAGGGCCCAGCUCUCCAGCCCCGUCAGCAUCUCCACAGGACACCAAGAUGGAGACUCCUGAGAGGGCCCAAUGCCACUUCUCGAAGGGCCUCCUGCUCUCAGAUAAGGAGGAACACCCCGGGGCUGCGGGGGGACGGUGGGACUCAGCCCAGCGGCUGUGGUGUUUUCUUGGAGGAAGGGAAAGAUUGCCAGGGAAGAGGAAAUUAUUAGAGUAAGAUGGGGGAGGGGGUUGAGCUGUAGAAUCAGCCCCAUACCCAAUUUUGGCUAUGGAAUUUUCUAGAAUAUCAGGACGAAGAGGACAAGAAUUUUGUUUGUUUGUGUUUUGGGGGGAGGCGUUUUGUUCUUUUGUCCUAUUUGCAAUAUCAUACAUCAUCAUCAAACUGCUGCUAGUGUUCACACCGGUUACUGCAAACUCAAACCCUAGGAAAAACCGUUCCUGGGAAUUUACUUAGGUCAGGGUUGGGCUGCCUGGUACAAGGCCAGACCAUCACAAGGACAGGAAUUUAUUCAUAUUUGUUUCCCUGCGAUAUCCCCCGUGCCUAGAAAUCUAGGGAAUUUUAGACAGAUACUAUAUAAUUGGUACUGCGGUAUAAAUAAUAGGCGUUCUGUAAGUAUUGGCUAGAUGGACGGAUGAAUGAAUUCAGAGAGUCCACCUGUUUCAGGGCAGACCACACAGCAUCUCAGGGCAGAAAAAUCUGCUGGACCAAUGGAAUAAGAAAUCGGUGGCUUUCAUAUCUGGGCUCCCACUCCUGAACCCAGGGCGGACAUCACUCAUCGAUCCCAGCCCUGAACAGCACUCGGAGUCCUUGUCCCCAGACGAGGACAUACAGGGAGGAAACUGCUAAGGUCCGUGUCCAACGCUUCUGAUCUCAGGCCACCCCUGUAACUCUCCACAGCUUCAGUGCUGGCCCUCUGGAUCCCCCAAGGCUCCUGGGCUGCCCUCCGCAUCCAGAAGAUUCCAGAGCAUCCUCAAAAGGACGAGAACCUUCUCCUGUCCGUCCAGGGCAUCCCGGGCGCCUUCCAGGACUUCAACUGGUACCUGGGGGAGGAGACCAACGGUGGCGCGAUGUUAUUCACCUACUUCCCCGACCUCCAGCGGCCCCAGAGGGACGGCAGCGACAUGGGGCAGCGUGACAUCGUUGGCUUCCCCAAUGGCUCCAUGCUGCUGCAUCGCGUCCAGCCCACUGACAGCGGCACCUACCAGGUAGCCGUCACCAUCAAUCCUGACUGGACCAUGAGGGCCAAGACCGAGGUCCGGGUGGCCGAAAAGCUGAAGGAGCUGCCCAUUACACAGCUGCCCGUGAGUGCUGGGAUCAUGGCCACCAUCCUGAUCGGGUCCCUUGCUGCCGGGUCCCUCUUCAUCGGGUUCAUUGCCCAUCUCCUGUUAACAAGAGGCUGGAGGGGCCAGAGCCACGGGAGGACACCCCCAGAGAAGCCAGAGGCCCGCCCCAAUCACAAUGCUGGUGACCAGAACAUCUACGAAGUGAUGCCGUCUCCGACCUUCCCGGUGUCUCCACCCGGUGACACGGGGUCCAUGAGCACCUCCAUGCCCCUGCCCCAGCAGCAGCCGGAGCCAGAGAACCACCCUACCAGGACCUGCUGAACCCCGACUCUGCCCCUUACUGCCAGCUCAUGCCAACCCCCUGAAGAGGUCCCAGGCUGCUGGAAGAGCGAAAGCCUCAGCCCUCCCCGGGGGGCCUGAUGCCCCCAGAGAAGCCACACCAGAGACCCCACAGGACUAGGCCACCACAGCCUGGGGGCCAACAAGGCGGAUUCAAAUGAGGACUCAGCACGGCAUCCGGCAUCUGGCGGGGGCAAGAGCUCAUGACGGGCCCAGCUCCUCUCUGACCCUCUGAGUAUAUAACCCGCCUUCAAGUCUGGUCCGUCCGGCAAGCUGGCCUGGGCUUCAUGCCUGGGAAAGGCAGGCUCUUGCCUUCUCCUAACCCAAAGUACCCCACACACACACUGGAUAUUUGGGGGUGAGGAGGGUGGUCUCAGGCCUGCCUCAAGCCAGACCUCACAGGCUCCUACUUGCUGGGCUCUUGUCCUCCCACAGCGCCCCACCCCUGCUCCCUGCUGGUCCUUGGAGCCCCUUCACCUGGGGACAAGGCAGCCCCCCCACCACACAGGCCCCAAAGGAUAAAGCACAUGGCCGGGAGGGCCAGCCUCCCAGGCCUGUGGCCCCUAGUGACAGUCCUGGCCAGUGACCACAGCUGUCAGACCCUUCCCUGCUUGAGAUUCAGUCUCUCCACACCUGUAGCCAAUUUCUGCCUGUCGCCCCCUACUCUGAAUCUCACCAAGGCCCUGAGGGCAGCCGCUCCCCUCCCUACCCCCACCCAACUCCGACCCNACCCCCACCCCCACCCCGGUCCCAAAUGCGGGCCCAGUCUGUUGCCCCUUAAUUUAUUCACGCAUUUGGCAUAAGUAAGCUGUGUGUUUUGCACGGUGCUGGAUCCUGCGGCUUUGGGAGGGAACAAAACAGACAAAAACCAUUCUCCUAGAGGGAUGCUGUGGCGGAGGAGAGAGUCAGCAAUCGAAGUAACUAACAUACGUGGUGUGCUGGGUGGUGAUAAGAAGAGGAGGGGAAAUGAAGAGAGAAGGGGGUUGGGAGUGUGGAGGACUGUGAUUUUAGAUAGGAAGGGCAGAGUAGGCCUCUCAGAGAAGAUGACGAGGAGCAAAGACCUAAAGGAGGAGAGACUGGAAGCCAUGUAGGGAUCUGGAGGGAGAGCAUUCCAGGCAGAGGAUGUGGCAAGUGCAAAGGCCCUGAGGCAGGAGCAUGCCUGGGGAGUUCAAGCAGCAGCAAAGAGGCCAGGGUGGUGGGAGCAGAGAAAGGAGGGGGAAAGGGUGGGAGGUGAGGUCAGGGAGAUGGGGAGCAGCAGACAGUGCAGGGCCCAGAGUCCCCCCACAUAAGUCACAGCAGACUGUUGCUUUUGCUCUGGGAGCUGAAAAUAAAGACUGUGUGGCAGGCUGAAUAAUAAAGUUGUCUAUGUGCUAAUGCCCAUGAAUGUUACCUUACGCAGCAAGAGGGACUUGGCAGGUGUGACUGGGUGAAGGAUCCUGAGAUGGGGAGAAUAUCCUGGAUGAGCCCACUGGGCCCGAAAUAGAAUCACAGGGGUCUUUGUGAAUGGGACCCUGGGGAGAGAGAGUCAGCGAAGGAGCUGUAAGAAAGGAGGCAGAGACUGGAGGGAUACCAGACUUUGAAGAUGGAAGAAGGGCGCCAAAGCCAAGGCCCAACAGAGUCAGAGUGAAGUGAUGGGAGAAAGAUUUCAUGGGCCCUUGCUGGCGUUGAAGACAGAAGGAGGCCACGAGCAAAGCCCAGAAGCUGGAAAGGGCAAGAACACAGAUUCUCCCCUAGAACCUCCAGAAAGCACCCCAGCCCCGCCGACACCUUGAUUCGGGCCCAGUGAGACCCAUUUUGGACUUCUGACCUCCAGAACUGUAAGCGAAUAAAUUCGUAUUGUUUUAAGCCAUGGUGCACUUGUGGCAACUUGUUACAGCAGCCACGGGAGUUAAUAGAGAGGAUGAGGAAGAAUUCACAGGAAGGGAAGUUGCAUCUCUUGCUGACUCAGUAUGCAAGUACUCCCUGUAAGGAUUUCUCCAGCCCCAGACCUCUCAGGACACCCUGAUCUCCUGGGCCCCUGAUCUCCGGCUUCUGAGAAGGUCAACCAGGUCAAGGCAUGGGCAGGGUUAGCCGCUCCAGUGCAGAGUAUUUGCCUGCCUUCCUCUCCUCUUCUCCAGCAGCCCCCUCAUCAAACCCCAGUAUCUGUUCUCUCCUUUUCCUCAGUAAUAGGGUUUUGAACCAAGUGUGUGCCUCCGGAGCAUAAAAACUACAUUUCCCAGAUUGCCUUGCAGCUCAACAUGGCCAUGUGACUAAUUCCUGGCCAAUGGGAUGUGAGCAGAAGUGGCCACUGCACACAGUCCUCGAACCACACCCUUAAAGGGAGAGCGUUUCCCCUUCCCAGAGGCUGAAGAUGUGGUGGUGAGAGCCAUCUGGGAUCCCAGGGACAGGUUGCACAGAGCCAGGUUAGAGAGAGCUGGGGCAGGGACAGCUGGGGCAGGACAGACCCACCACGCCAGGUUAGAUAAGUUACCUGAGAGAUAAGGACUCCUCUCUUGUGCAAGCUACAAUUACUUUGGGAUUCUUUGCAUCCACCUCCUUCUAGAUCUUCAUUAAUACAACCCCCACCUUUGAGACGACAGUAUUUUUUCAAGAGUGAGCUCUCUGAGUCUGACUGAUUGCUCACUUAGCAUCAAACCCGAUAUGGACUGAAUUGCAUCCCCCAAAAUGUGUAUGUUGAAGCCCUAACCCUCCCUGUGACUGUAUUUGGAGAUACGACCUUUAAAAAUGGAGGGGACACAGCAAAGCAUGCAGGCUUUUAAAGGCUUUCACCCAGAAGUGACACUCCCACUCACAUCGCCUGGGCCAAAGGAAGGCACAUGAUACAAUCUAAUGUCAAGAGCACUGGGCAGGUGCAAUGCUACCAUGUAUUCAGAACAGGGGAAACAGGGCGCCUGGGUGGCUCAGUUGGUCGAGCGUCUGCCUUUGGCUCAGGUCAUGAUCUCAGGGUCCUGGGAUAGAGUCCCGAAUGAGGCUCCCUGCCCAGUGGGGAGUCUGCUUCUCCC